CUGUUUAAGUAUUGUCUUUGUUUUUUUCUCCCGUGUAAGUAUUUAAGUGCGCGAUAGCUUCUAUUUCUCCUUCUGUCGAACAACAAUCACUUCUCUGUGUUAAUCAGUCCCUGUACUUGUCCGCUCUUGCUGCUGCAAUCGACUGCAAAGACCGCGAGGAAAAAGGAGAAGAAUUUCAGUUCCUUCUUCACUCUCUCUUUUUGUGUGUCCAAAUGGGUGAACCAAACCAAGGAAAGACUUCGCAAGCCAACCUUUCCAAGCAAACCGAUGGAAAACCAAGAAGUCUCAUGCUGACAUUCUCGUCUAAGAAUCCCAAGCACACCGAAUUACCCAAUGCUAAACCAAAACUAGACCUCAGUCUCGGACUCUCUUUGGGUGGAGUUCACCUUGAACACUUCAAAGAAAAGCCUGUAAUCCGGUCAUCCUCGAACGCUGGAAUGAUAACCGAGAAGGUAAACACCGGUGAACCCAACUCGGCCAUGCAGGGCAUCUUUUUUUCUUUUCAGAGAUCUUGCUCGCUGCCGGUGGAGAAUAAGCAAAGGGAGAUUAUGAUCAAGGACUUGCCGGCAAAGAAGAGAAUAGAGGCCCAGAGGAGUCUGGUGGAGAAGCAGAGGAAAGGCGGCAUGGCAGCCAUUGAGAAAGAAAAUCCUUCAGCUGAGAAGGCGGUGCCUCCGUCGCCGACGUAUGACGUGGCUGCUUGGGCAGUGGCUUCUGCGGCGAGGAGCCCUGCACUUUGCCGUGCCAUUGGAAAGAUCAAAGCCGAGGGACAAAUAUAUGGGAAGCGAAAACUCAAGGACGGACUGGAAGAUGUGGCUGCAGCAAAGGUUGAUACCAGUUCCUUGUCAUUGCCCAAUCCAAUGGAAACUAAGCCUGUGUUUAUUCCUGAAGCAACAGAAAAGGGAAAAUCAGUGAAACUUUCUAAGCGUAAGCUUAAGAAACCGUCCAAGAAGGUUAAAGUUUCUAAAGGCUGCUUUCAAGACAAUGGGAUGGAUGUGAUGAAACAGAUGCCUAGUGUGACUACCACUGGAGAUGGCCCAAACGGUAAGAGAAUUGAAGGGUUUUUAUACAGGUAUACAAAAAGUCAAGUAAGCAUAGUAUGUGUUUGCCAUGGCAGCUCUCUCUCUCCAGCCGAAUUCGUCAAGCAUGCCGGUGGAAAGGAUGUCAAACACCCACUGAAGCACAUCACUGUCUUCCCCAGCUUCUAGUCCUUUUAUAUAGUUACUGGCGGUGGCUUUUGUCACCCCUUUUGAAAUGUUUCCAAAUGAACAACCUGAACUGAGUGAUAAUCUUUUAUGUGUUGCUUGUCUUUUGUCCUCUUUAGUUUGGUUAAAGGAAUCUUUUAAGUCCUUAUAAAAUCGAACCUAAUCUUUCUGUUUU